AUGCUGCCUUCCUGCUUCCUGUGUGUCACACUGAUUUUGAUCCGGGUCCGGAAUAUUAACGGUGCGGACCUAAGUGUUACUCGGACCUGCAGAAUGUUCUCCAGUCUGAAGCAGCGGGUCGAGGAUGUCCUCUUACCGGGGGACGAGUUCUCCCUCGAGACCGACGACACCAUCUCUCUGACGGAGGCCGUGAAGCCGGAGAAGGCGGUGUGCGGUCCGGGGCUGCGGCGCAGCGGAGACCGUCUGGUGGUGUGUAAGAGCGGCGUGCUGCGGCACAAACCGCCCAACGUGUUCUGGAUAGACUCCCAGCAGCGAAGGUACGUCCCCGCUAAAGGAGAGACCGUCAUCGGGAUCGUCACGGCCAAAUCCGGAGACGUGUUCAAGGUGGACGUGGGAGGAAGCGAGCAGGCGUCUCUGUCCUACCUGGCGUUUGAGGGCGCCACCAAGAGGAACAGACCCAACGUCCAGGUGGGCGACCUGGUGUUUGCUCAGUUCAUCAUAGCCAAUAAGGACAUGGAGCCGGAGCUGGCCUGUAUCGACAGCUCAGGACGAGCCAAUGGGAUGGGAGUGUUUGGAGCAGGAGGUCUGCUGUUCAGAGUGUCUCUGGGUCUGGUCAGAAGGCUGCUGUCCCCCCACAACGAGGUCCGGUCCGACCUGGAGACUCUGUUCCCCUGUGAGCUGGUGGUCGGCAUGAACGGCCGACUCUGGGUCAGAUCCUCCAGCAUCCAGCAGACCCUGAUCAUCGCCAACCUGCUGCAGAGCUGUGAAACCAUGACGGCCCAGCAGAGGAAAGAGCUGUUCAGGAGGGUCCAGCAGGGGGCGCUGUAGACCUCCUCAGAUUUGGUUUGUCUCUGCAGGAUCAGUGAGACGUUUGACAAUUUUACAAGAAAAGGAUUUUGUUCUGUUGGUCGGUCGGCCGGUAACCAGCAAGAAAAUCUUUGUUUAAAAUAUCUUCAAGGUAAUGUUUUACAAUCAGGUCAUUCCACAGAAAAUCAACCAAUCUGAGAAAGACUUUAACCCGACGGCCUCAGAAACACAUGAUUUUUGUCUACAUUUACUUUCAUAUAUUUCAUGAAGCCCAGUUCUACCUUCAUACUGUGAAUAUUUCCAGAGUUCCAGGUCCUUGAAAUCCAUAGAGGAGAACAUCCCCUGUAGAAAGUUCUAGAGUAGACCUAACCACAACUGUACAGUUGUGGUUAGGUCUACUCUAGAACACUCUUCUUUCUUGCUUCCAAUCUUUGAGUUUAAUCUCACUCAGAAUAUUCCAGGUCCUUGAAGUCCAUAGAGGUGGGUCCAGACUUAUCACUUUUUAAUGGACCUUUUCCGUCAUUUCUGAGCCUCAGAACUUCAUCAGUCCAGCACAUAGACACAUGACAUUUAGGAGGAAAAACACAUCUGAGUUCUGCUAAAAACUUACACCAGAUCAGUUUUACAUCCAUCCAUGUGUCACGAUCUCAUAGAAACAAGCAUUGGUACCCUGGACUGAUCGGGUUUCUGGUUUUAAAAAGUACUUUUUCAGUCAACUUUCCUACCAAACUUUGGAAUAGAUGGUUUCUUAGAACCAGUUAUAUUGAAUGCAAGGUUACAUUUUUCAUCUACCUUGAGUGGAUAUAAAAUUAUUUUGUUUGCAGUUUUCAAUUGAGCUAAAAUGUAUUUUCCAUUCCCGAAAACUCCAUGUUUCUAAUUGCUGUACUGAUGAAGUUCUGAGGCUCAAAUGAUGGGAAAAAAGUCAAUUAAAAAUUAUAAAAUUAGGACCCACCUCUAUAGACUUCAGGGGCCUGUAAGUCUGGAAAUAUUCAUCGUAUGAAGGUAAAACUUUGCAUUAAAUCUACUGCAGUUAGAUAAAGAACAGCUGAUUCUGGGGGAGGUUUGAGGGCUCUGAUUGGUUGUUAAUGAGGACAAUCAGCAGCAUCUGAAAGUUGACCUGGUUUCGUCCUUUACCUCUCCUGUAGAUGCAGCUUUUUUAUUUUUAUGACUGUAAAAAGUAUUUUUCUGAUAAUCAGAAGUUCUUUGUUUCUAAUAAAGUUUGUUUAUUGAUAA